AUGAAACCUUACUUUGGGCUUCGGGGUACGUCCCUGAAUAUCAUGAUCAGUAUCAUCGCUGGUCUUGAUUUCUUGCUUUUCGGUUAUGAUCAAGGAGUCAUGGGAGGACUUUUGACCUUGAACUCCUUUGUUGCCACUUUCCCGCAAAUCGACACUACAAAGGCUGGAGAAAUGGGUCUCUCUGCCGCUGAGAGAAGCACUCGCUCCACCGUGCAGGGUAUCACGACCGCUUCUUACAACCUGGGUUGUUUCUGCGGUGCUAUCUUCUGUAUCUGGAUUGGUAACUACCUUGGUCGCCGCAAGACUAUUUUCUUUGGCUCGAUUAUCAUGGUUGUCGGUGCUUCGCUGCAGGCAUGCGCCUACUCUCUCCCUCACUUGAUUGUUGGCCGUAUCGUGACCGGCAUUGGUAACGGCAUGAACACUUCUACCGUCCGUAAGUUGGAUUCUGUUCCUAUUAAAUAA